UGUUUUCUGUUCAAAGAAAAGUGAAUUUAGUUUAAUUUUUUAGUUGCAUGACUGAAGAGAGUUUUGUUUUGUGUGAUUAGUGAUUUGAAUAAGAAAUAUCGUUUUAUUUUUGUAAUUUAGUAUAGAAGUCAUGCAUUUAUUACAUUUUCAUGAAUAAUGUUUUAAAUGAGGAUAAUCGAAAUAAGGUAACAAAUACAAGUAAUGAACGAGUCCAAGCUGACAGCAACGAACAGUACGAUAUAAUAUUCUCUCUGAAAUACGAAUUCGAUUAGGCAAAUGAGCUCCCUUCCAAAGCCAAGCCGAUUUCAUUCUUAUUCUCCAAGUACACAGAAAACUCUGGUUUCAAACUUCCCGCCAAGCCUGAGCGACAGUGACACGGAUGAGAACCUGAGCCAUGAGGAGGAGUAUGUCAUUCGACACAUGCCCCGGCAGGAGCCGCAGGGCCAAGAGAACGGUGGCAACAGUCUCGACUCGGUCUCCUACAACACGCUCAUCAUACAUGGCGCGCCCGAUCAAAUAUGGAACAAUAGGCUUUCUGGUGUGAGAGAUGAAGGUGAGAUGCAGUACAAGAAUGGACACUCGUCCGGUGUUAACGAGUCUGGGCACUGUCGCGCUUUCGAUCCGGGAAUCAUUGCUGACAUACCCGACGACUUCCUCCGAGAAUCUCAGGUGCUGAAACACCUGGCGAAAGAGGUCAACUGGGAGAAGGGAGGGGGUGGGGGUCAGGAUCAGGGGAGUGGUGGGGGGUCGUCGGUGGUGCCGCUUAAGGUGAAGGCGCGUCUGGCGCUCUCAAAAUCGCAGCCGGAUCUGUCACGAAUUGGCAACGUCGCCUCGGCGAGCAUCGCUGUCGGACGCCCCGAGAGCACGCCGCUUCGGCACACACUCGGAAACUCUAGGAAAGAGCAAAGAUGUGUACAGAUGGUCGAUUUACUACUUCAACAGAACAACAGCCUCAAGUUGGAAUUGGAAGCCUGCUAUCAGAAAGUUGCUAAAUCUCAAAAGUUGGAACAAGAAGUGGGCAAGGUGACACGCGCACACGAGGAGCUGGUGGCGUCGUGCGAACGUCGCGAGCGCCUGGAACGCGCCGCGCGCGCGCGCCUACAGGGCGAACUGAUGCGCCUGCAAGAGCUCAACCAGAACUUGCUCGAGCAGACUCAGCUGAUGUCUCGCGCACCCUCGCGAGCGCCCUCGCCCGACCACUCGCGCAAUGAGAUCACCAAACGCGAGGCGCUUAUCGCUCAGCUCGUCACGCAAAAUAAGGAGUUGAUGGCAGCUAAGGAGCGACAGGAGAUAGAGUUGGCGGCGCAACGGGCCACGCUGCAGGAGCAGAGAACGCACAUCGACAUCCUCGACACGGCACUCACCAACGCACAGGGCAACGUCGUCAGACUCGAAGAAGAGUGCCGCAAGAAGCAGAUCCACGUGGAGCGAGUGGCGCAGUUGCAACGUGCGCUGUCCUCACUGCAGUUGGCCAGCGACCGACGCGAGCAGACCGAGCGCAAGUUGCGGCUGCAGCUCGAACGCGAACUGCGCAGCGAACGCGCCAGAAACAACGCCAACGCAAACGACGCCACCUCCAGCCAAGGUGGCGAGCCGGGCGAAAGCCUUCCCGAGCUGAAGCGGCAGCUGCGAGAGAAGGACGAGAAGAUAAUGCGGCUGGAGGGAGAGGUGGCCAAGUGGGAGCAGCGCUACCUGGAGGAGAGCGAACUCAGGCAGGCGGCCAUUGAUGCUGCCAGCAUACCAAAAGAUGCUAAAAUUGCUGCAUUAGAAAAAACUAGCCAAGAAACUGAGAAGCUCAUCGCUGAAGCAAGAUCUGACAAAAUAAAGCAGAUGGAUGAAGUGAAUGCGGCUAAUAAAAAAGUGACCGAACUUGAAACAAGAAUGAAAGAAUUGGAAUCAAAAUUAGCAGAAAAAGAUGCAAUGAUCAGAGUUCUUCAAAAGAAGCAUACUUUUGAUAAAGAAGUAUCCAGCUCAUACCAAAGUAUAUCGCUUAGUCAUCAUAGUCCCGACCUAACAAAUGUUCUCAAUGCUGACGAUCUCGGGCCAGUAUCAACUACUAGUGUGUUUUCGACUGCCAGUAGUGCGCUCACCAGUUCUACGGGAUUUGGUUGUAAUAAUUCGUACACGGGCAGUGUGGAUAGCUGUUACCAUAAAUACUCCCAACACAAGUCGCUGGACGAUCAGCUCAAGCAACUUGACUCUCAACUACUUAGCAAGAGAGGUCUUUGCUGUUUUCCAGGAUUCUCUCAUCCAGGCUCUGCGCCGCGAAAAGGAAAAAUACCCCAACCACUACUGGCGAGUGUAGGCGGCGGCUUCGAAGCGGCCGGCGGAUUCUUGCAGGGAUUGGUGGGGGGCGGUGGUGGAGGGGGUGGCGGUGCAGGUGGGGGUGGUGGAGUGGUGGGGGGUGGGGGCAGUGAGAUGAUGCUGCUGGAGAAGCAGGGCUUGUGCUCGCAACAGCAGCGUCAGACUGGUGGUAGUGGCAGUCUGCCCCCUAGCUCGCUGCCUCGCCCCAAGCGUCACCACAAGUCACCAAGCGCCGGCCGAGAGCGCAGACUCGGCGAGUAUGGACGACUCAGCGAUGGAGAGGGCAGCAAGGCUUCGGCCAACUCGAGCGCUGACGCCUCCGACCCCAAGUCCCACCGCGAGUCGCCCGUCCGCUCGCUCCACCCUCGCAAACUCGGCGAAUACAACCGACUCAACAACGACUCGACUAGCAAGACCAGUUGUGACUCGACCGACAAGAGUCGUGAUCGUGACUCGCCACUGCCGAUUCCACCGCGCAAACUGGGCGAAUACGGGCGUUUCAGUUCGGACUCCACCAAUCGGAAACUGUCGGACAACGCAGAAACCAUCACUGAUAUCUCUCGCAGCUCUCCUGUCAGAUAUUCGCCUUCAAGAUUCGACUCGGCGAAAGAGUACAAUAGGAAGUUGUCGACGGGAUCGGAUAAAACUAGAGACUCGCCGUCAAGGAGCCUGCUGCCUCCGCCGAAGAAGCUGCCUGACUACAGCAGUUGCUUCGAGGGGCCUCGCAGGCGUCGCGACGCCGAGGCUCGCUCGGCCAGCCUCCAGUCAAGGGACAAAAAUCCAAAAACGUAA